UCCUCAAAUUUCAACUGAAGUCAAAUCUAUUAACACUUAAGAACGACUCUGCGCAAACAGAUCAAAAUUGUAGAAACCACAGUUCCUUUUUUCUUUUUUUUUGACGAGAGACCACAGUCUCUGUUGAACGCCUAAACCCCUGGCUUGAACAGAAGCUUUUGGCGUUCGGUUCUUCCGAUUGGACCCAAAUUUCCCCAGGCCAAAUUUUGGUUUCUCUCCUUCUAGAUAUUUCUCCAAGAAGAGAAGAGCGAAGAUGGGUUCUUUAUCCUCUUUGAACUCAAUCUAUAUUGAUCGAGGCAGCUUCCCUAAAUGCCUGAAUGAAAUCAAGAAUUCAAGGGUCAAGAAGCUUUGUCUUAGAGCUUCUGUUGCCACGUCAGCACCAACGAGCUUACAGUCUGAAGAAUUUAAGGCUAAAAAAUUCGAAAAGUUCCGGAUUGGGGUUCUUGGGGCCAGUGGUUACACUGGUUCUGAGAUAAUUAGGCUGCUCGCUAAUCAUCCCAACUUUCAGAUUACUCUGAUGACAGCAGAUAGAAAAGCUGGCCAAUCAAUUGGAUCAGUGUUUCCUCAUUUAGUCAAGCAAGAUUUGCCUGAUAUGGUUGCUGUCAAGGAUGCAGAUUUUUCUAAUGUAGAUGCUGUGUUCUGUUGCUUGCCCCAUGGGACAACUCAGGAAAUUAUCAAAGGUCUGCCAAGUAGUUUAAAGAUAGUAGAUCUAUCGGCGGACUUUCGGCUCCGGGAUGUUGGUGAAUAUGAGGAAUGGUAUGGUCAGCCUCAUAGAGGGCAAGAAUUACAGAAAGAAGCUGUAUAUGGCUUGACGGAGAUAUCUAGAACUGAGAUCCAAAGUGCGCGCCUAGUGGCAAAUCCUGGCUGUUAUCCCACUUCUAUUCAGCUUCCUCUUAUCCCCUUGAUAAAGGCCAAUCUUAUUGAAGUUAAGAAUAUCAUUGUGGACUCAAAAUCUGGUGUUAGUGGAGCAGGACGUGGUGCUAAAGAGGCAAAUCUGUACACUGAAAUAGCAGAAGGAAUACAUUCUUAUGGUGUAACCAGGCAUCGCCAUGUGCCAGAAAUUGAGCAAGGAUUAUCAGAGGCUGCGAAAGCAAAAGUUACUGUCAGCUUCACUCCACAUUUAAUGCCAAUGAGCCGUGGUAUGCAAUCAACUAUAUAUGUGGAAAUGGCCCCUGGAGCAUCCACUGAGGAUCUGUAUCAGCAUUUAAGGAACUUUUAUGAGAAAGAGGAAUUUGUCGUUUUGUUGAAGAAGAAUGAAAUUCCUCAUACACGACAUGUUAGAGGAUCCAAUUAUUGCUUGAUGAAUGUAUUCCCUGAUCGGAUCCCUGGAAGAGCAAUUAUUAUCUCUGUUAUUGAUAACCUUGUCAAAGGAGCUUCUGGUCAGGCAUUACAAAAUCUGAACUUGAUGAUGGGAAUUCCAGAAAACACUGGACUCCUUUCCAUCCCUUUGUUUCCUUAGAAUGCUAUCAAUCGUUGGAUAGGCUAAGAUUUGCUCUUCCCUUUCAGGUGGUUGAUUAAGACCUUCCCCGUCAAUAGCUAAAGAUGGGCAUGCUCCUGAUUGAAUCGUUUUCAUAAGAGCAGCUGAAGUUUUGAGAGGAUAAAAGUUUUCAUUAUAGUUAACCUGAAAUUUGUUUUACCUCAAGUGUUAUCGUGCUCAGCCACUCUGUAUUUUGAGUAGACGUUGAAGAUGUAUUUCUUCAUCUACAUACAUCUAAUUAUCAUGUGACAAAGCAAGCUCCGGUGAAAGGCACAGAUGGACAAUUCAAUGUCAACAAAUUGCAUAGUGUACUAACAUACAGCAGCAAAGAGAUUGCAAGAGAGAAGAAAAAAGUAGGCAUGGUACAACAAGCAGUUCAUUCGGAGAUCAGAUUACAGAAUGCUAUUAGGCA